AUGGCGCCCGCAGCGCGAUCGCCAGAGUUGCUGGAGCGGGUCAUCGAGGGCUUCUUUCCGCGCCAUGAGCCAAGGCCCUGGCCUCAGACCGCUGAGUCGUCCCACGAGCGACGUUCCAGUAUAUCAGACUAUAGCGUAAGAUGGUCGGACUCCCUGCCGAACAUCCAAAGAGGAAUCGAGCUCGAUCGAGUUCGCGGAGGCAACAGUGUGAUAGUCGACGAGGACGAGUUCGAGGUGGUGGACAAUUACCUCGGGUCGUUAAUGACAUCGGAUAACAACAGCAGUAGAGGAAUACGCAGUCGUAUUCUAAGUUGGAAUCUUCUGAAAACUGGGAAGUUAGCAGGGAUCAUGGUAACGAUCGGUUCUGCAAGCGCUGGGUUGUGCCGGCUGGCACUUGUCCUGACGUGCCUAGCUGCUGUGGUGGAACUCGAUGGGCACAGGAACUCAUCGGCCCCAUUUUUGAUGGACGAAGAAGAUGCCCUGCUGACGGUGCCCCAAUUGAUUCGAAAGUAUGGCUACUUAGCAGAGGAACAUCAAGUUCGAACUGAAGACGGUUAUUUACUGAUGAUGUACAGAAUUCCGGCCCGGAAAGGCUCUCACAAGCGUCCAGUUUUCAUGUGGCACUCACUUUUUAGUUCCUGUAGCGACUGGAUACUGAUCGGAAGGAAACAUGGUUUGGGCUAUUUGUUAGCGAAUCGUAAUUACGAUGUUUGGAUGGGAAAUGCUCGCGGUAAUCGUUAUUCAAAAAAUCACGAACGAUUUAGUGUGAAAUCGGCCAAGUUUUGGGAUUUUUCAUUCCAUGAAAUCGGCUACUACGACAUUCCAGCAUUAGUUGAUUACAUCCUCGAGCAAACGAAAGCGAAAAAAGUGCAUUUCGUCGGGUUUUCGCAGGGUGCAGUGACAAGUUUCAUAGCGAUGAGCGAGCGUCCUGGUUUUACGGAAAAAGUGAUCGAGUUUCAGUUGCUUUCACCAGCCGUGUAUUUGUAUCGGUCGCCAAGUAUUCUCAUUAAAAUAUCAUCUGGAGUGGCUGAUCAAAUCGGAUACGCUUUAGUUGCUGCACAGCAAAACGGAUUUAUCCCGCAUUUUGAGAAUCAAUAUUUCUUCUUCCGACGGUUAUGUCCAACACCGGAGCAAACGAUCUGUCGUGCUGUGGUUGGCGAUGUUGCCGGUUCCAACCCUAGCCAGCUGGAUAAAAAAGCACUACGAAUAUUUCUGGGACACUUCCCGGCGGGGUCCUCCGUGAAACAGGCGCAACAUUAUGCGCAGAUAUAUCGAAAUGGAAUUUUCCGACAGUACGAUUACGGUGACCCAGAGGAAAACUUUAGGCACUAUGGUAGCCACUCAGUUCCCCGGUACAAUUUGUCACGAGCGAUAGCACAAAUCAGAACUUACUACAGCUACAAUGAUAACGUGCUAAACUAUCUAAAUUAUCUACAGCUGGAGCAGGAAAUUCCACACCUUGUAAGCAGUUACCCGGUGCCGGAUAAACAGUUCGGCCAUAUCGACUUCAUUCUGGCCAAUAAUGUCAAGGAACUGCUUUACGAUGAAGUGGUGCGCAAUAUAGAGAAAGCUGAACGGAGUACCGUUUGA